ACAAAAUGGCGGCCUCGGUUUUAACCUGGUUUCACAGGCGUAACGGGUAGACUUUAGGGGACCAAAUUGAUCCAGGGACAGCCCUUCUAAUGCGGGGACUGUUUAGGGAAAUCCGGGACGCCUUUUCAGCUAGCUAAAAUUUAGUGCCAUCAUUAUAUAGUCUGCUACAAGAACCAUAUACGAAACAAGGGCCUUCCACUAUCCAUCAGUCAUGGCUUUUGAAAGCUUGUUCUCCAGGCCCCCAAACGCAGUCAUUGACAAAAACAUGACAGACUCUGAGCAUGCAGGGGAUGAAAGAGAAGAUGGGGAAUUGGAAGAUGGUGAAAUAGAAGAUUUAGGCGUAGAAGAGAAGCCUCAAAAAAUAAAGGAAACCGAAGAUCAUGGUGUUGUAAAAACACACAGGAAGUCAAGAAAGAGGAAGAGAAAAGUAAGGCCAAAGAAGAAAGAAAAACGUCACAGACGAGAGAAACACAGGCACAACUUUCCUGAAAGUGAUAGCUCUGAGUACAGUGAUGAUUCGGAUACAGAGCAUGGAGAAAAGUCACAUAAAGAUACUAUGUACAGAGAUUAUGAUGUUCAUUAUUCACAGCAUGGGCCAGGGAGCUAUAUUACAUCCCCAAAUGCAAAGCAUAAGACAAAUGCAAAUGAUUAUGAUGGUUAUAGUAACUACAGUGAUGGUAACUAUAAUGAGGAGGAAGAAGAUGAUUUUGCUGAACAGCUGAAACACUACAGACAAGUAAAGGAAAACUCAAACAUGGCAGAACCACCUUUUAAGAAAAACAAUGUGAAAGGAAUUCAGCAAGGAAGUGAACAACAGCAGACAGGAUUUGUAUAUGGACGAGGCCGUGGCAACCAGAAGAAAUUUAAAGGCCGUGGAAGAGGUGUACAUAAAGGGCAAAAUCCUUAUUUUCAAGAUGGCUUUCAAGAGGAUACUAAACCAGUGAAGAAGUGGGUAAACUUGAGUCAAGACUUCAUAAAUCUGCAUACGGUAGAGCACAAAGGAAAGCAGAUCUGCAAAUAUUUUCUGGAAAAACGUUGUAUCAAGGGAGACCAAUGCAAAUUUGACCAUGAUGCAGAAAUAGAAAAAAAGAGGGAAAUUUGCAAGUUUUAUAUACAGGGAUAUUGUACAAAAGGAGACAACUGCUUGUAUAUGCACAAUGAAUUCCCAUGCAAGUUUUACCAUACAGGAGCAAAGUGCUACCAAGGAGAUAACUGCAAGUUUUCACAUGAUUCCUUAACAGAUGACACAAGGGAGCUACUACACAAGGUUUUAAACACAGAAGAAGUACAGCAUGCCGAUGAAAAUGGUGCAUCAGAAAUCCAAAGGCAUGGAACAAAGUUUUAUAACCCACCAUACUACGGAAUGCAAUACCAAGGAUGUCAUCAACCAAUGUACAACUCUGAGCCGCUGCCAGAAUCUGGACCUUUGAGUCAAAAUCCACCCUUGCCGUCUGCAUCUAACUUUACUAGCUCCAACCUAACUGGAGUAAAAGCACCUUUUAAUGCAUCUACCAUGCAAAAUCCAGUGAUAAACAACCAGAGAGACGGUUAUAAUUUAUCAAGCCCACCCUUUCUCCAAAAUACAGAAGACAGGGCCCAUAAUGUGCAACAUACAAACAGCUAUCAGUUUUCUCAAAAUGCACCUGGAUUCUAUGAUAACUACUAUUCCCAACAGGCUGUUCAUAAUACACAAUCCUGCAACACGCCAGAAACAACACAGAACAUUUUAUUUGCAAGUAUGAAUAAAAAGCCUGAUGGAGUAGAACAAAUUCCAAGUCAGCUACAAAGGUCAAUUAGCAGAGAUGAAGAUGACAUUUCAAACUGGUACACAAGUAGCGAGGAAGAAGAUGGAAGCAGUGUCACCUCACUUUUAAAAACAUUAAGGAAUCAAGCAAAUAUUGCAAAGCUAAAUUCACAUGAACAGCAGCCACAGCCGAACAAUUGUGAUCCCAGACUGGCAAAAGACAAGGCAGUUAGAAUGCAAGCUUCAGACCCCAGGGUAAAAUGUACUCAGGCACAAAAUCCUGGGAAUCAGGGUGACUCUAUCUCGACUGAUCGAAGAGUUAUGCAUGACCCCAGAAAACUGAAAUCUGGCGACACUUUGGCCAAUAGUAAUGUAAAAACGGACAGUGCUCAAGUGCAUUCUGGAAGCAAGGUCAAUCAGAAAGGAAUAGAUGAUGAUGAAGAUGAUGCUGAAAAGGAACUGAGGGAGAAAGCAGCUAUCAUACCCCUAGAAACGCUGCCUGGUGUAACUCUAAGAGAUCCGAGAUGUAAGCUUUGGCAGUUCAGUCACAUUAAAAUGGACAUCUUAUUGACCAAACCAAAUUUUGCUAAACUAAUUGUUUGGGCACCUGAGGAUUUACUUCCGGUUCCACCCCCUAAACCAGAUCAUGUUUCCUCAAUCAAUCUACCAUUACCCCCACUCAUAGCUGAUCAAAGACUUAAUAAUAAAUCAAAGAGUUUGCCAAACGAGUUCCACCAAUCUUGCCAUGAUCUGAGGUUGGAUCCAAGGCUGGAAACAAAAGCUAAACAAGCAGUUUUAGUGGCAAAAAACAGCUUGCCAGAUCAAGGAGGUUCAAAUAUGACUAAUAAGCUUGGUGAUCCUCGUCUACAAAAGAAUCCUCAGUCCAGGCUUCAGAGAGCAGCCAGUCAUGAUUCUCAACUUGCAAAUGUUAAAGACAGUAAUUCUUCAAAGGCAGAUCCUCGCACAGCAGCAGCAAGACCAGCGUUUUCAACAGCACCCAGUUUAUGUAAAUCUGAUCAAAGUAGUCUUCCACUUUAUGCUCCCAAGCUUUCCUCACCAAACCCCAGGUUGGGUACACCAAGCUCCAUUCUAAAGAGCAUCAAUUUGUAUGAUCCAAGAAACACUGAAAUGUCCGUUGCCAUUUCAGACUCCAAGCCCACUACUAAGGAACCAAAAGAAGAGUCUCAAAAAAAUCUUGGUAAUAUGAGCAUAUUGUGUAAAAGUGAGACAGAAAAGCUGGACAGUUCCAUGCAGCCAGCAUCCUCAACUGAAGAACUUGCCCAGCAAAACACAUUGGAGGAGAAUGAGGAAAAACUGGUAGAUCCUCCAAAUGAAAAAUCUAUUUCGGACAAACCCCAGUCAGUGGCUGAUGCACCUGAGCCACAAACUAGUGCAGCUCCUGCAGUCCAUAACCUUCCAGUUCAAGCUUUGGCAGGACUUAUGCGACCACAGUAUAAUGAUCCACGGCAGGUUAAACCUGCAGGACAGGUAACACAAAUCCAAGAAACUGAUGUUGAUGGAAAACCAGAUGACAAACCACUGAAAGAUGUCUUUAAAACCUUCGACCCAACAGCUUCCCCAUUUUGUUAGUUAUUUCUCUAUUUUCUGGAGAUAUUGUGAGUUGUGUUUUCCUGCUGCUAGCAGGACUCUUUCAUUGUAAAUUAAUAUCAAACAUCUAUUUUUUUUUUGUUCUUGCAGAUGGACCUGUCUGCUUUUUCUUCCCCUUUUUUUUAUGCAGAUCCAUUGUAUUUGUAAAUCAUGCGAAUAAAGUGUCAUAUUUGGUUAUGUAAAGCACUUUCACUGUACAUAGCGCAUUAUGGGAAAUAUAAAUAUGUGUGUGUGUAUAUACAUAUAUAUAGUAUGUUGGUGCUGUUUUUAUAGCUACUUAUGAAUAAACUGACAUUUAUAUGACUGUAAUAAGCAAUCCCAUGUAAAUUGCUGAUGCUCUGGUCCUGAGGAAUCAUGUGAAUUUGUAGAAAGGCCUUUAAUGUAAAAGCAGACAUUGUGGGGAAAAAAAACAUUUAAACCUUUUAGUGUAUCUCUAUUGGUAAAUAUAUAUAUGUGUGUGUGUGUGUAUGUAACAAUUCAUUUGUUCCUAUAGCUGAAAUUGUAUUUUAAGCAAUGUUGUUAAAUGCUGUAAAUAUUGGGGAAAACAUUUCCAUUUCAACCCGUUUUAUUUCAUUUUUUCCCAGGGACAAAAUCUCUUUAUAGAGCUGUGGUUUAGACAACAAUCUUAUGUAGUGCAUGCCUAUUUUGUAUUUGCAUUUAGUUGUCAUUUUAAUUCUUGUUUGCCUAUAUAGUUUUAAUGCAAAUAUUUUUUAACAAAAUGGUGUCCUUUAAUGAUGCACUUCAAUGUUAUAUUCAAUGGCUCGUUCAACAGCAGUGCAAAAUAUAUAUUGUAACUUUCA